AUGGCCGGCGUACUAUUCGAGGACAUAUUCGACGUGAAAGACCUGGACCCGGAGGGCAAGAAGUUCGACAGAGUGUCGCGACUGCACUGCGAGUCCGAGUCAUUCAAGAUGGACCUGAUUCUGGACGUGAACAUCCAGGUCUACCCCAUCGAGUUGGGCGAUAAGUUCCGGCUGGUGAUCGCCAGUACCCUCCGCGAGGACGGCUACCCGGAUGACGGCGAGUGGACGGGCAAUGAGCAGACCUCCUCGCGAGCCGACGCCUUCGAGUACGUGAUGUACGGAAAGAUAUACCGUAUCGAAGGCGAUGAUGGCCUGUCCGACGCCACACGACUAGCCGCUUAUGUAUCGUUUGGUGGGCUACUGAUGCGAUUACAGGGCGAUCCCAACAAUUUGCACGGUUUCGAGACCGAUAAACACGUGUAUCUGUUGAUGAAGAAGUUGGCGUUUUAG